GGCAUUCCAAAAAGGCGCCAAUUUGGGCGCGAUCUUAACACAUUUGGACACCUCAUUCAAAAGGGCGCCAAAUUCCAGAAGCAGCAAAUUCCUCUUUCCUUCUCCACUUGAACCCUAGAUUUUCUCCUGCGAUUACUCACUUCCCUGUCCAAAAUUGGGAUUAGGAACAAGAAAUGAAGGGUGGGACGCUUCAGAUCAACUGGCACGACUCAAAGCCAGUGCUCACCCUAGAUUUCCAUCCACUUUCAGGUCUCCUCGCAACCGGCGGAGCCGAUUUCGAUAUCAAGAUUUGGUUAUUGAAUUCAGGGGAUGGACAAAAAAAUGUCCCUGGUGCUACGUAUCAAAAUAGCCUUUCUUACCAUGGUUCUGCUGUUAAUAGCCUGCGUUUCUCACCUUCAGGAGAACUGCUUGCCUCUGGUGCUGAUGGAGGUGAACUGAUCAUAUGGAAAUUGCACCAUUUGGAAAGUGGCCAAACUUGGAAGGUCCUGAAGACAUUAUCAUUUCACCGCAAGGAUGUGCUGGACCUACAGUGGUCUAGUGAUGGUGCAUAUUUGAUGUCUGGAUCCGUAGAUAAUUCCUGCAUCAUAUGGGAUGUAAGCAAAGGAUCUGUCCAUCAGAUUUUAGAUGCCCAUUUGCACUAUGUUCAAGGUGUGGCAUUGGACCCACUGGGAAAGUAUGCUGCUUCUCUGAGUUCAGAUAGAAGUUGCAGAAUCUAUGCCUAUAAAGCCCCAACCAAAGUAAAAAGCAGUGAGAAAAUGAAUUAUGUUUGUCAGCAUGUCGUUACUAAGGCAGAAAAUAUUUCAGUUGAUGAUUCUAAGUCUGUCAGAAACCACCUCUUUCAUGAUGAAACAUUGCCAUCUUUCUUCCGAAGGUUGGCCUGGUCACCUGAUGGAUCUUUUCUACUUGUGCCUGCAGGUGUUUGUAAAAUAUCGCCGGCAUCUGAACCAGUAAAUACAGCGUAUAUAUUUUCUAGAAAGGAUCUCUCAAGGCCUGCUAUUCAACUCCCUGGUGCCAGCAAGCCGGUUGUAGCAGUUUGCUUUUGUCCAAAGCUUUUUAGUCUUAGAGGAUUAAAUUCAGCUGGGUUAUUUAAGCUUCCACAUCGGAUCAUCUUUGCAGUAGCAACUUUAAGUUCUUUGUACAUAUAUGACACUGAAAGUGUUGUGCCGCUAGUAAUUAUGGCUGGUCUUCACUAUGCUGCCAUAACAGAUGUCGCGUGGUCGGCAGAUGCUCAUUAUUUAGCACUAUCUUCCCAAGAUGGUUACUGCACUUUGGUGGAAUUUGAAAACGAUGAACUGGGGUCACCACUUGCUCUAUCAGAUAAAAUAGGCAUGACAACCAAUCAGAAUACGAGUUUAACAGGCGUGGUGACUGUAAACGACGAUCAAAAUAGGAAAACAGAAGUAGAAGAGAGACAUGAAGAAAACAAAAGCGUUGAAAAACCAGAAAACAUGGUGAUUGAAAAACCAGAAAACAUGGUGAUCGAAAAACCUUCGAGUGGAGAAAAUCUUGCAGAAUCAGAGUGCAGAGGACAUGAAUUGGAAAAGAAUGAAAGUAUACAGGUAUCUUUAAGCUCUUCAAGCAACUCUGUUACCAGCAAGCCAGCCAAAAGGCGCAUCACACCCAUGGCUAUUGAUCCAUGAGAGAGGUACGCUAUGCUAUCAACUGUAUAUUCUCUUCAUCCCUACAGAUUAUGCUGAGUUAUUACAAGCAUUUUGUUGGCGGUGCUUGAUCAAAUGUGGAUCACUGAUGUAGCUGAAAUGAUAUUUUUUUACAAUGAUUUGUGUAUCAUCUUUGAUCUCAUGUUCCCUGGUGAUUAAGAUUCUAAUGAUAUUUGGCUCGGUAAGCUCUUCUUGGGAAGAGUUCUACGAUAUUCAGUUUUCGCUUCUU